CCCAAUCUGUGGCCAUUAGUGCGCUGAGAGAGCGAGGAGAGGGUUCAAAAGGGAGAAAGAAAAAGAGAGAGAGAGGAGGGAGGGGGCGCCUGGACAGAGAUGCACACAGAGGAGAAAGGACGAGAGCAGGAGGGAGAGCUUUUAAGGGAUUUGGCAGUGAUUUGUGGAAUCUCACUGCUGUAAUGUUGCGCUUUUUCUGCACUUUUCCCUGACUCUGCCAUGAUAUCCCACCCUAAAGCUGCAAAAGUCAGCGUUUUCUUUUUGCCUUUAUAAAUCACAACUUUUUUUUAAAACCAUUGUUCUCUAGUGCGUUUUUUUUUUUUUUUUUGGUCAUUGCUGAGAGAGCACACAGACUAUCUGAGAUGCUAGAGGAUUUACUUUUGGUGAGUGGAGGAGAGCCGUUACCUCUAGAAAUAUAAUCACAUUUUUGGACCAUGGAUGGAGGCCUGCGUGGAACAGCUAGUGUGAUGGAUAAAAUCUGGACUGGUCGAUGAAGACUGGGCAGGUGUCAAAGGUAGAGGGAGUGGCCCGGUGCUGUCAGUACCACUGCUGGUCAUCAUCAUGACAUCAGAGGCCCGCUCAUCCCAUCCCUGCUGCUGUACAUUAACUGGACACCAGACAUGGCUUCAGCUGCUUUGGGUUCUGCUGCUGGGCAUCAGUCCGGUGUCACUAGCCCAACAAGGCACCCAGCCUCAGUCCAUCAAAAUCGAGGGUGACAUCACCCUGGGUGGACUCUUCCCGGUGCACUCCAGAGGACCGGCUGGGGUUCCCUGUGGGGAUGUCAAGAGGGAGAAGGGGAUCCACCGAUUGGAGGCCAUGUUGUACGCCCUGGACCAGAUCAACAGCGACCCGGACCUGCUGCCUAACAUCACUCUGGGAGCUCGGAUCCUGGACACCUGCUCCAGAGACACCUACGCCCUGGAGCAGUCGCUCACCUUCGUCCAGGCCCUCAUCCAGAAGGACAACUCAGACGUGCGCUGCUCCAACGGAGAACCUCCCAUCAUCCCCAAACCAGAGAGGGUGGUCGGGGUCAUCGGGGCGUCCGGAAGCUCGGUGUCCAUCAUGGUGGCCAACGUCCUCAGACUGUUUGCGAUCCCCCAGAUCAGCUACGCCUCCACGGCCCCGGAGCUGAGCGACAACAGCCGCUAUGAGUUCUUCUCCCGUGUGGUGCCUCCAGACUCGUACCAGGCCCAGGCCAUGGUGGACAUAGUCAAAGCCAUGGGCUGGAACUACGUCUCCACACUGGCCUCCGAGGGCAACUACGGAGAGAGUGGCGUCGACGCCUUCCUCCAGAUAUCCAGAGAAGCAGGAGGGCUGUGUAUUGCACAAUCCAUAAAGAUUCCCAGAGAGCCUAGACCAGGGGAGUUUGAUAAAAUCAUCAAGAGACUGAUGGAAACCUCUAAUGCUCGUGGGGUCAUUAUCUUUGCCAACGAAGACGACAUCAAACGGGUGCUGCAGGCUGCCAAAAAGGCCAACCUGACAGGCCACUUCUUGUUUGUUGGAUCUGACAGUUGGGGGGCUAAAAGCUCCCCAAUUCAAGACCAGGAGGAGGUGGCUGAGGGUGCUGUCACCAUCCUGCCCAAAAGAGCCUCUAUUGAUGGGUUCGACCAGUACUUCACUUCAAGGUCUCUGGAGAACAACAGGAGAAACAUCUGGUUUGCAGAAUUCUGGGAGGAUGACUUCAAAUGCAAACUAACUCGGCCCGGCAUAAAAUAUGACCCCAGUAGAAGGAAGUGUACAGGCGACGAAAGAAUCAGUCAGGACUCUCAGUACGAACAGGAAGGGAAGGUACAGUUUGUGAUUGAUGCUGUGUAUGCCAUGGCCCACGCUUUACACAGCAUGCACCUGGACCUCUGUCCUGGCUACAUGGGCGUCUGUGAGAAGAUGGACCCAGUAGAAGGACGGAUGCUCCUCCAGUACAUCCGCUCUGUGAACUUCAACGGCAGCGCAGGAACCGGAGUGAUGUUCAAUGAGAAUGGAGAUGCUCCUGGUCGGUACGACAUCUUCCAGUACCAGAUGUCCAAUGUCAGCAACCCCGGCUACAAAGAUAUUGGCCAGUGGACAAAUCACCUGCGGCUCAAUCCAGAGGAGAUGCAGUGGUCGGGCGGUGACCGUAGGAUCCCUGAUUCGGUGUGCAGUUUCCCCUGUGAACCUGGUGAGAGGAAAAAGAUGGUGAAAGGCGUUCCCUGCUGCUGGCACUGCGAGCUCUGCGAUGGCUACCAGUACCUGUUGGAUGAGUUCUCCUGUGACAUGUGCCCCUUCGACAUGAGGCCCUUACCGAACCGCACAGGCUGCCGGCCAACGCCCAUCAUCAAGCUGGAGUGGAGCUCUCCCUGGGCCAUCAUCCCCGUCUUCCUGGCCAUCCUGGGCAUCCUGGCCACCACUGGAGUCAUCGGCACCUUUGUCCGCUUCAACGACACGCCCAUCGUUCGAGCUUCCGGCAGAGAGCUCAGCUACGUGCUGCUGACGGGAAUCUUCCUCAUCUACCUCAUCACCUUCCUCAUGAUUGCAGAGCCCAGCGUGGCCGUGUGCGCCUUCCGCAGGCUGCUGCUGGGGCUCGGCAUGUGCAUCAGCUACGCCGCCAUGUUAACCAAGACCAACCGGAUCUAUCGCAUCUUCGAACAGGGCAAGAAGUCAGUCACACCUCCCAAGUUUAUCAGCCCCACCUCUCAGCUGAUCAUCACCUUUAUACUCAUCUCAGUGCAGUUACUUGGGGUGUUCAUCUGGUUUGGUGUGAUGCCCCCCCACACUAUCAUCGACUACGAGGAGCAGAAGCCUCCAAACCCUGAGUUUGCUCGUGGCGUCCUGAAGUGUGACAUGUCCGAUUUGUCCCUCAUGCUGUGUUUGAGCUACAGUAUCGUACUGAUGAUCACCUGCACAGUGUAUGCCAUCAAGAGCAGAGGGGUUCCUGAAACCUUCAACGAGGCCAAACCAAUCGGCUUCACCAUGUACACCACCUGCAUCAUCUGGCUGGCCUUUGUACCCAUCUUCUUUGGCACAGCGCAGUCAACAGAGAAGAUGUUCAUCCAGACCACCACCCUGACGGUGUCCAUGAGCCUGAGCGCCACCGUAUCCUUGGGCAUGCUCUACAUCCCCAAAGUCUAUGUCAUCAUCUUCCACCCGGAGCAGAACGUCCAGAAGAGAAAACGCAGCUUCAAAGCAGUGGUGCAGGCGGCCACCGUGUCCACGCACCUGUCCAUGAAGUCUAGCGAAAAACAGAACGGAGAGUCUAAGAUCGAGCCGGACAGGUCACAGUGAAAUGACACAACUGAAGUCCUACAAUGAGAUUCAUUAUGAUGAGUGAAAAUUUUACUGCUAGUUUUUGGCUGGAUGUUUUUUUUCCCUCCCCUUUAAUUAUGGAAUGAAAAUGCCAGCAAAGACAUUUUGUGGAUGAUGUUUCUUUUCACACUUACAGUGGGUACGGAAAGUAUUCAGACCCCUUUAAAUUUUUCACUCUUUGUUUCAUUGCAGCCAUUUGCUAAAAUCAAAAAAGUUCAUUUUAUUUCUCAUUAAUGUACACUCAGCACCCUAUCUUGACAGAAAAAAACAGAAAUGUAGAAAUUUUUGCAAAUUUAUUAAAAAAGAAAAACUGAAAUAUCACACGGUCAUAAGUAUUCAGACCCUUUGCUCAGUAUUGAGUAGAAGCACCCUUUUGAGCUAGUACAGCCAUGAGUCUUCUUGGGAAUGAUGCAACAAGUUUUUCACACCUGGAUUUGGGGAUCCUCUGCCAUUCUUCCUUGCAGAUCCUCUCCAGUUCUGUCAGGUUGGAUGGUGAACGUUGGUGGACAGCCAUUUUCAGAUCUCUCCAGAGAUGCUCAAUUGGGUUUAGGUCAGGGCUCUGGCUGGGCCAGUCAAGAAUGGUCACAGAGUUGUUCCGAAGCCACUCCUUUGUUAUUUUAGCUGUGUGCUUAGGGUCAUUGUCUUGUUGGAAGGUGAACCUUCGGCCCAGUCUGAGGUCCAGAGCACUCUGGAAGAGGUUUUCUUCCAGGAUAUCUCUGUACUUGACCGCAUUCAUCUUUCCUCCAGUCGUCCUGUCCCUGCAGCUGAAAAACACCCCCAUAGCAUGAUGCUGCCACCACCAUGUUUCACUGUUGGGAUGGUAUUGGGCAGGUGAUGAGCAGUGCCUGCUUUUCUCCACACAUACCGCUUAGAAUUAAUGCCAAAAAGUUCAAUCUUGGUCUCAUCAGACCAGAGAAUCUUAUUUCUCAUAGUCUGGGAGUCCUUCAUGUGUUUUUUGGCAAACUCUAUGCGGGCUUUCAUAUGUCUUGCACUGAGGAGAGGCUUCCGUCGGGCCACUCUGCCAUAAAGGCCCGACUGGUGGAGGGCUGCAGUGAUAGUUGACUUUGUGGAACUUUCUCCCAUCUCCCUGCUGCAUCUCUGGAGCUCAGCCACGGUGAUCUUUGGGUUCUUCUUUACCUCUCUCACCAAGGCUCUUCUCCCACGAUUGCUCAGUUUGGCUGGAUGGCCAGGUCUAGGAAGAGUUCUGGUCGUCCCAAACUUCUUCCAUUUAAGGAUUAUGGAGGCCACUGUGCUCUUAGGAACCUUGAGUGCUGCAGAAAUUCUUUUGUAAUCUUGGCCAGAUCUGUGCCUUGCCACAAUUCUGUCUCUGAGCUCCUUGGGCAGUUCCUUUGACCUCAUGCUUCUCAUUUGCUCUGACAUGCACUGUCAGCUGUAAGGUCUUAUAUAGACAGGUGUGUGCCUUUCCUAAUCAAGUCCAAUCAGUUUAAUUAAACACAGCUGGACUCCACUGAAGAAGUAGAACCAUCUCCAGGAGGAUCAGAAGAAAUGGACCGCAGGUGAGUUAAAUAUGAGUGUCACAGUAAAGGGUCUGAAUACUUAUGACCGUGUGAUAUUUCAGUUUUUCUUUUUUAAUAAAUUUGCAAAAAUUUCUACAUUUCUGUUUUUUUCUGUCAAGAUAGGGUGCUGAGUGUACAUUAAUGAGAAAUAAAAUGAACUUUUUUGAUUUUAGCAAAUGGCUGCAAUAAAACAAAGAGUGAAAAAUUUAAAGGGGUCUGAAUACUUUCCGUAUCCACUGUAUAUAGAUUAUUCAGAUCUACUAAACCUGGAAUGAAGCACAAAAUGGACCACUUUGCACAAGGACUGGGAGCUUUUUUCUUUUUUGUGACGUCCACACAUGCACCUCAAAUUGACAAGGAGGUAUUGUUAGUUUUAACUCUCCCUGGGAAAUGCUGUUUAGGGGGAAAAAAAAAAAAAAAGCUUAAAUGGCGACCUUUGCCCUACAGGAAGAUGUACAUGUGUGUGGAAUCCCUCGGGGUCAAUGAGACUGUUCACUGGCUCCAAAAGCACUGCAUGGGUUCUGUGUUUUUAUGUGUACAUGAAUGUUCUGAAACAUUGUUCGUAAGGGGUGUCAUCUCUUUUUCUUCUGAUUGCACUGGAAGAAAGGACUUUUUAAAAUGCACCGCCAUGUCCUGUCACUGCUCCUGGAAAGGUGUGAUGAAGCACCAAACUAGCAUCACUCAUCAGUCCGGAUCCAGUCACGCUGCUUUAAUUAUGGUUGUAAUAGCAAUUAUUAUGGCACAAGCUGGGUUUUAUCAUGGAAACUGAAAAUUCAUUAGUGCAAACAGGAUACAAGUGAUUGUGAGCAGGAUGCUUAUCUUCUACCUGGUACUUUUACUUACUCCACCGUGGAGAACAAUGUUUGGCAUUUCCCCAUAUUGUCUGUUUAAAUAUCAAGCAAUCUGCUCGAAGGUCAGUUUUGUAUGGCAACAUGCCAAAAUCAUAGAUGAGCUACUUUUAUGUCAAUGCAUGGGAACCAUUUAAGAAAGCUCUGUUUGAUUUUGUGCCAUGUAAGAUCCUCCAUCACAACAAAUUCAGACUAUUAAAAUUAAUUUAGGUGAUGGCAAAAUAACAGGCUGAGUCAACAACAGGCCCUCUUCUGCCAAAAUACUAUUUGAAGUAUAUUUUUUCUCACUUGAUCGUAAUGUACAACUCAGGUUUAACUGUUUUGGGCUUUUCCUUGAGGAUUUCUCUCUGCACUGGCACAACCUCUUUAAUAUAAAUGGAUCCAGCAGUAACCAUGUGCAUUGCAUUUUUCCUCAGUGCAGGAAUCCUGCCAGAUUCAUGCCCUCAUGAGAGAAAGCGCUGUUUGUGCUGCCCUCUGCAGGACAACACAGCUCAGUGACACAACUGUGAAGAAAAGUCAAGAGUGAAUCGUUUGUAGACCCCACACAAACCUUAAUAAAAAUAUUGUUUAUUAUUUGAGUUGCAUCACACCGGACCAUUGAAACAGAAAACACCUACAUCACAUCUACGUGUAGGUUAAUAUGGGAAGACUCAGUGAAAAAUAACUGAAGUCGAAUGAAUUGCAGACACAUUGAUCUCACACAUACACAGACUCCUACACAACUACAAAAGAAGGUUUCAAACCUAAGACUGGUCAGGACACAGUCUGCACACACAAGUUCAUGUCAACACACACAAAAAAAAUGUACAGCAGGUUUGCUGACAUCACCAAAAAUCCAGCAUUUGCUGUCGAAUCGGAGGCGAGUUAUUGCUUUUAAAAUAAAAGUUCAAGCAGAAAGUCCUGUUUGGUGCUGAGAGGCAGAACAGCACCAACAAGCUUCUCCCCUCACAGCCUCCUGAACUUUGAUUCCAAUAUUUACUCAAGGAAGCCGUCCAGAGUGAGACAAGUUGAAAUCUUGGGUGGAGGCCUGGUCACUUUUUUCCUUUUAGCUUUCAUCAGCGGGCGAAUCUCUGAUAAAGGAGACUGGAGUGGAGCAUUUAGUGAAGGAAUAAUGCAGUGCAGUUUGUACUGAAGGUUUUUUCCUUCAUAUUUGUUGAUUUCAGAACUAUGGUCAGACACAUAGAAAUAACAUUUACUUGAAGCUCAGCUCAUUCUUGACGUUUAAUAGAGCUGUUACUAGUGUGUUGCUUUUACCUAAGCUUGAAGAAAACAUUGUGUGGGUUGAGAACAAAAUUUAAUAAUGAAUGAAACUAAGCUGGUAUAAUAUUCCUUUGCAUUUUUAAAUGAAAUUUUGCUGAAUGCCAGGUUAGUAUCAUAUUGUUAGGUUUGACUGUCUUGAUUCCACAUUGAUUGAUUCCAGAGACCAAUAAGUAGCCAAGAUGCAUUAAAAAAAGCUCAACUACCUGUUUAGAACAUUUCAAAAAAGCAUCGCUGCCUCCUCCUUCGCUGAAAAUCUAUGAACAUACAAGUAUAUUCAUUUUAAAAGUUAAACUGACACUUGACUGAACCUCAGUUGUCAGUGUUUGUGCAGUUUAGGCUUCACGUUUCCACAUCACACAUUCGUUUUAUGGAGAAAAAAUAGAAUAUUAGAAUAGUGAAAGUCUGAAGAGAAACCUUUCUUCACAGAGAAGUUCAAACAUCGUAGAGAAGUAACACAGACUGCAUUCCAAAUGACAGAAAAAAGGAUACAGGUUGAAUGAAUUUAGUUCGUCCUCCUAAACCAUCAUAACCAGUUCUGACCUGAAACAAACAAACAAAAACAAUUCUUUCAAGAAAACAGUCAAGGAAUAAACGGCUCCUUGCAGCAGAAGACUUUGAGGGAGAUGGUUGUGUUGUACAUACAGCUCCAGGCUUCCUCUGAGGGUCCAACAUGCUGCCGAAAGUCUUCUUUCUAAAGAGGAGGGAGUUCCUUAAAAAAGGAUCCAGGGCUGACUCUUCAUCUCGGGCCUGAAACACCAAAACACAUAUCAGUGGAACGUUGACUACAUUUAGAAAUGGACAUUGUCGAGUGACCAUUAAAAACAUACCUUUCUUGAU